GGGGCGUCGGCGCCAGCAGAUAAUUGCUAAGUGCAUCGCUAGCACAGUUGGUCCGAGCUGCUGAAAGGUCUGGUCGCAGAGACAGGAACGCAGCAUCCUCAGCGUGCUCCAUCCCGGCAGCGUCCUCCUGCGCUCCGCCGGGCAGCGAGCCUCCGGACAACAGCCCCUCUGCUUCUCGGAGAAGCCCUGUCAUUCUCUGAUGGCAAGAACAUCCUGCUACAAGUGAAGACCGCCUGGGUUGGCCCCCUGACAGCUUCUAAGCCUGAUGAAGUCCUCCGAUAUCGAUCAGGAUUUAUUUACAGACAGUUACUGCAAGGUGUGCAGUGCACAGCUGAUAUCCGAGUCCCAGCGGGUGGCCCAUUAUGAGAGUCGAAAGCAUGCCAGCAAAGUCCGGCUAUAUUACAUGCUUCACCCCAGGGAUGGUGGGUGUCCUGCCAAGAGGCUCCGAGCAGAAAACGGAAGCGAUGCUGACAUGGUGGAUAAGAAUAAAUGCUGUACACUCUGUAACAUGUCCUUUACCUCAGCCGUGGUGGCCGACUCACAUUACCAAGGCAAAAUCCACGCCAAAAGGUUAAAACUGUUGCUAGGAGAGAAACCUCCAUUGAAAACCACAGCGGCACCACUGACUUCACUUAAGGCCCCUCGAGUGGACACGGCCCCCAUGGUCGCAUCUCCCUAUCAGAGAAGAGACUCAGACAGGUACUGCGGUCUCUGUGCAGCCUGGUUUAACAAUCCUCUGAUGGCCCAGCAGCAUUACGACGGCAAGAAACACAAAAAGAACGCAGCUCGGGUUGCCUUGCUAGAGCAGCUUGGGACAUCUCUGGAUCUGGGGGAACUCAGAGGUCUGAGACGCACUUACAGAUGUACCACCUGCAGUGUCUCGCUCAACUCAAUAGAACAGUAUCAUGCACACCUGCAAGGAUCAAAACAUCAGACCAACCUGAAGAAUAAGUAGUGACAGCAUCAAUCAAGAGCUAAGAAGAGACUCCAGCAUUCUUCCUGUGGUAGAGAACUGCUCACCAACCAAAAAGAGGAUCCUUUCUUGAGCAAUGAACAUUUCUUACAAGGAUUCACAGAUUAGAUUAACACAUGACCAGUAUUGAUUUUUGAAAGUAAAUAAGAUUUCUUUUUCUUCUUUUCAUUUAGUGGCAAAUUAUACUUGGAUUUAACAGAAUCCUUUUCUGAUAACAUGUUUAGCACAAGUUCUAAACUGCAAACACACAGCAGCUAGUCAGAGCAUUAUUCAAACUUACAAAGAGUGGAAAUUUUAAUUUCCAAUUUAUUCUAGAUUUCCAUAGAGUUACGAUGAUUCUGUGACACCCUUCAUGAUUAUCAUGUAAGUCUCCUAGAUCCAUUAACAAAUAUACUUUUGUUAUCAUGGGGAACAUAGUUGGUGACGACAACCACAAAAACACAACAAAUUGUGGUUUGUAGAAGUUAUAUAACGAUGAGCCAGCCUUGCCUCUAAAUGCCAGGAGCGUGAAAGCAGGCAGAAACAGAGAGGAAGGACCUUCACUCUGGAUCGCCUUGAUAGAAGGCUUCUCAAGACACGUUCUCCUUGCAAGCUUCCAGAUCAUAGAGAAAUUAGUUUGACUGCAUGAUGAUCCUAUUAAGUAAAAAAUGUCUUCACAGUGGUUGACCUUGAUGUACUGCUUUUCUAAAGGUAUCCAAAGGAGAAUUUUAAACCCCAGAGUGAGAUGGAAGUAAUUCUUAGAAAGUUGGCCUGGAUUGUGGGCUCUAAUUUGGGGCAGUAAUGAUUUAGUGUGUGUCGGGGGAGGGAGAGACUGAUUAAAUCCUGAAGAAGUUUCCUCCUCCUGCUUCUCUUCAUCUUGUUGCUGAGCUGGGAUUCAGUGACUUUGAACAGAACUCCUCUGGUUGGAGGAUGGACCAGAGAACUGAUGCUCUUUGAAGGGAUGAAGACUGGGUGAGACUGUGAAAUUCCUUCUCUAGGGCUAAUUGCUCUGCAUCCUGUUGGGAAGCCGUGUCUUGCAGACUCUGCGAGGUAGACACAGAACUUCCUCUCCUGGGCUCUCAGCUGGCUGGAGCAGCCCUUUAUACCUGGUGACCACCAAUCUACCGUACGUCAGACUUUUUCCAGACAUCAACGCUUUCCACAGAGAUCUGAGGUGGUGACAGCCAGUGAGCAAUAAAUGAAACGACACGGAAAUGCAGUGUUGUUGUUAAGGUGCCUGUUUUGUUGUGUGAGGAGGUCACGGUCCCUAGGGACCAGACCAUGGCUGCAAAGAAGAAGGUCACACACCGUGUACAGUCAUGCCGCCGGUGGGGAGCAAGAGGGGUGUGGUGACGAUUUUAUUUUGCUAUUUAAGAAAGAAGCACACAACAGAGCUACAAGCCCUCCCGUGGUAGCUUUUCUUCGAAUGUGUGGGGUAAAGCUUUACUUGUCAAUUCUGCUGUAAAAUAAGCAUAGUCUGAGGUAUUUUUUGUUGUUUGUUUGUUUUUAAACCUUUCUGUUUCUGUUUAGUGCCUGAGCUCUUUCCCUGAGGUGUUGUGUUUAUUUUUUUUUUAAUGACCUAAGAUAGAAAAGCCUAUGAACAUAGAUUUCCUUUGCGUUCCAAUGACGCUUUGCCAAGCCCUUUAUAGAUAAGCCUCCAGCUACAAUAAUCAGAUUAUUUCAGAGUGCCUCAUCUAAAUACCAUUGCUCUUUGGCAAGCUGCCACAAACACCCACCAGACUUUUUCUUGGUUUGAUUGUCCUCAAGUUUUCAUGCCCAUGCAGAUAAGGGGAAUGGAAUCCCAGCAUGCUGUGAGGAUCACUUGGCCAGACUACUAAUUGCAAGAAGGCCCCAGAAAUGCUACUGUGUUCUGGGGGCUACAGACCGGAAAUACCUUUCCUCCGGAAACUGUGCCGUUCAUGUUUUCUUUAGUGUGGCUGGAUGCUUAGUUAAGUCUUAGGGUACUUUCCAGUUAUUGUGACAGGAUCAGAGUUGGGUUUAGGGUACAUGUUUUUCAGGGGUCCCUUCCUUAAUUCUGCUGGGAAGAAAAGAGGCAAGCGCAAACUUGUCUGUGCCCCUGUCUCCUGACCAGUUCAUGUGGAGCUCCCCAGGUGGAGAGCAAUGCGAGCACAGUAAAAACUUGGGACUAUUUCUAUAACAUCUGAGGAGAACAUAGAGAAAACUCAUCUAUGAGCGAGGAGAGCUGUCCAUAUUGCUGUGUCUAAAGUACCUUGGCUAUUCCAGAGUCCAGAGUGAUGUCAGUUAACCGCGUUCAGUGUUCCGGCCUUAAGGAGGAGAAGUCACGCCCACUAGCCUGGUGUUAAAUCGAGAUUUCUCUGUUCAUUGGAACAGUCACUAGCAUGGAGGUUGAUAUGGGCAUCUCCCUCUUUCUCUUCCUCCUUUCAUUCCGUGACAUCGUCUUGGAAAUGCAACAUUCGUCGUCCAUUUGCCCCACCACUGCACACCAUGCUUAGGUGGGAUUCCUCGGAAAACUAAAUCACCCUCAGUCCUGGCCGUACAGUUUGAAUUUGCUUUACGAAAUGUCCUUCCCUCUUAGUACCGAUAGAAGCUCGAGACUGGCAACAUGUGCCAGUGGCCACGGGUGCCAUGAUAGGGAGAUCCGAAUUAAUGAGCUCUCCUCAUGUACAGUCUCCACAGUCCAGUGAACUAAUAAAUAUGCUCAUAAAGCAAUUCGCUAAGCGGCAAGUGCUGCAGCGUUUCUUCUGCUGAGGGGGAAGCCAUAAAGCUCUCAUCCAUUGCUGCUGGACUGAAAGACCAAUGGGAUUUGCUCUUUUUUCUUGGCCCCUUAGAUGCCAGAGACACACAAAUGGGAACGGCAGAGAUCUUCACGCUGUCCGUUGAAGUAAGUUUAUUAGGCCAACUGUACCAAAAAGAAAGAACAAUGGGACCCACAUAUAAUGCUGACACUCCUGCGGAACUCCCCAGGCAGAGAGGCCACCUUUCUGUCAAAGCCAGUGAGACAUUUUGACAAGGCAGUGGAAACCCAGGACACUAAACCCCAAUAAGAGACCGCGAGGUUGUAACUACAUUCCCCUCUAAAUACCUGUCUUUCUCUUGAUCAGCUUGUCCAGUGAAUUUUUUUUCUUUUGUAAGAAUAAAAUUAAGAAAAGUCUGUCUGUCCAACAUAUUAUUUAUUGUAGGGAUGGAUCUUCUCCCCUUCCCCCUCUCUGGUUUUGAAUCUGUUCAUAUUCAAGGCAUGUUAAACUACCUCAUAGGUUUGUCGUGUGGAUUAGCUGAUUAAUAAAUAACAACUGAUUAAAA